AUGUAUCAAUCUCAAGUCACUUUUACGCUGGACACGAUAUGCCCUUGGACAUAUUUGGCAAAGAAGAGACUCGACGACGCUCUCAAACAGGUCCGCGCCAGCGACGCCGGCCAAAAGGUCAACUUCACCCUCCACUUUGAGCCCUACCAGCUGAACCCCGACUUCCCCGACAGCGUCGACAAGAACGAGUGGUACCUCGCCAACAAGCACAUGGGCAACGCCGACGCGCAGCGCCUCUUCCAGGCGCACAUGACGGAUCUGCUCGCGCCCGCGGGCGUCGCGCUCAACUUUGGCGGCCUCAUGGGCAACACGCUGCACGCGCACCGCGUCAUCCAGCACUUUCAGGACGCAGAGCACGACGGCGGCAGCGCCCGCACGAACCGGCUCGUCGAGGCGCUGUACGCGGCCUACUUUGCGCGGGCGCAGCAUCCGGCGGCGGACGAGACGCUCGUCGCCGCGUGCGCGGAGGCGGGCAUCGCCGAGGACGAGGCGCGGCGAGUCGUGGCGGACAAGGAGCUCGGGCUGCGGCAGGUCAGGGACAGGCUGAGGAUGAACGGCCAGGAUGUGGACGCGGUGCCGGUGGUCAUGGUGGAGGGCAAGCGGCGCGAUCUCACGCUGACGGGGGCCAAGGAGGUGGCAGACUACGUCAAGGCGCUGGAGACUAUUGUCAAGGAAAGUUCCUAA